AUGAAGCUUCGCCGGCCUAAAAAAACCUCAGAUCGAUGGCCACCCAGGGUUGAUGCCGAUGGGAAUAUUGAUGAUUAUGAUGAUGAUUUCUAUACCGUCUUCUUGUACCUAGUUCCCAUCAACUAUCUUGGGCUUUUGAUGUACUGCGCAGUUCAGACACGUUUGAAGGCACGACAUCAAGAGCUAACGGGCAGCGGCAAGGUGGUCUUCCAUAUGUGCAACCUUGCCACCAGCCUCGUCAACUCAUCGUUCAACUACUACGUCCUCUAUCUCAUCUUCUUCCGCCCAUACGCUGUCCGGCCACACAUCGAUGCCACCGCCAUAGGCGCCUUUGACCUCGCCGCCGACAACACCACGCUCCGGUACGACCUCGCCCCCAACGUCACCUUCUGGAGCGACCACCGGAUCUGGGCCAUCCGCUACGACCAGUUCACCGCCCGGCUCUACUUCAACGGUACGCAGAUCAGCCCUCCUGACGACACCUUCCCCAAGUUCAAGGGCAGGACUCGCCGGCACCGCACCGUGUACCCGGUUCUGCGCGGCCGCACCAGCAACGUCGAUGCCGCCAUGGCCGAGGAGUUCUCCUUGCAGAGAGCGCAGGGGUGGUUCUCUGUGGAGGUGAGGCUCAGGGCCACCUUGACUUAUCUCAUAUGGCCAGCUCGAUUCAAAUACUACUACGAGUACGACUGCUGGUUGCAUUUACCCAGCAACACCACCCAGGCGGCCAUCGGCGGUGUCAAGUGCAGCAAGGGCAAACGGUUUGGGAUUUCCAACUACCAUUUUUUCUAGACACUACUGCCGGCCAUGCAAAUGGGUAGCAAAGCCCCCGACAAAUGGUGAUGAUUACAUAGGCUCGCUCCCUCUAUAUUCCUUGUGUUAUGUUUUGUGAUUUAUUUUCUAGUCCUGUGUUUGUAUUACAAUAUGAAUUUUGGAAAGAGGAUAAAACAUU